ACAUACAUAACUUGUCUAGCAAAAAAUAAAGCCCUUGUUCCAAGACAUUCAACUAAGAGUGCUGUGUGCAUAUGGCAUGUUUUUGUAUGUGUGUAAUUGCUUUAUAUACGUAUAUUAUUUUAGCACAUUCUUUGUAGCACUUUAAAAUAACUUGCAGCUUUAACUCAAUGUUCAGUGGAUUAUUCUAAAGUUUACAUUUUGGUUUCCUGUUUUGCUUCUUUUGCUGCAUCCUCUCCACUAGCCAGUAGAGGGCAGACCUGUCCUUUAUUGCUUUGUUUAAGCAAUAUUAGAAAACAUGCUUAAACCAGCUCUGCGCUCUCCUCCCCCUGGCUCAGUGAUUCACCCUCCCAUCUUUCUUCUCACACAAAGAAGAGCUGCUGCUCCGAGGAGAGCCCUGUGGAUGAUUAUUUUCUUCAAAUGGAUUAUCUUUUUAAGAAUAUGGAGAUAUAAAUUAAUAUCUCUCAUGUAGCUUGGAUUACACAGGAUCUACAUGACAUCAAAUAACAAGACAAUCAUUUAAGAUAUGGACAUCAAAGGCUUUUGUCAGUGCUGGAAAUGGCAAGUAGUCUGCUCCUUUCUCCUGUGUAGCUGGGGCUGGGUCUCUGGGCAGCUUCGUUAUUCUAUUGUUGAGGAGUCUGAUCCAGGGACAUUGGUGGGGAAUGUAGCUCAGGAUCUGGGGAUAAAACGUGUAGAGAUCUCUCAGCGCAGGAUACAUCUGAGAUCUGAAAAAUAUCAAAAAUAUUUCAGUGUAAAUCAGGCAAAUGGAGGGUUGGCUGUGAAGGACAGGAUUGAUAGGGAGAGCCUGUGUGGAUCCAGUCCCAUCUGUUUACUGCAGUUAGAGGUUGUGUCUGAGAAUCCUGUGGAGCUUUUUAGUCUGGAAAUAGAGAUUUGGGAUAAUAAUGAUAAUUCUCCCACAUUUUCAUCAAAUUAUCGCAUUAUAGAGAUCACAGAAUUAUUAGCAAGUCCUGGUACUCAAUUUUCAUUAGAGAUUGCAGAGGAUUUAGAUGUUGGUGUGAAUGGUGUCAGUCAGUAUACAUUAAAUACAAAUCCUUAUUUUUCACUGUCUGUGAAGAGUCGUAAGGACGGAACGCUCAUCCCUCAGCUGAUACUAGAAAAGGUUUUAGAUAGAGAAGAAAAGAAAGAACAUGACCUGAUUCUCACAGCUAUUGAUGGAGGAGAACCAGCCAGGUCAGGGACCUGCAGGAUAACAGUAGUUGUGUUAGAUAUCAAUGAUAAUCCUCCAGUCUUUAAUCAGUCAGUUUAUAAAGUCAGUAUCAGGGAAAAUCUGCCAUUGAAAACUGUCAUAUUAACAUUAAAUGCCACAGAUCAGGAUGAUGGAGCAAAUGGGGAGAUUCAUUUCUCCUUUGAUGACCACACAUCUAAAUCUGCUAGAGAAAUAUUUUUGCUAAAUGAGCAAAAUGGGGAGAUCUAUACUAAAGGAAUUCUGGAUUUUGAAGAACAGAAUUUUUAUGAAUUAUUUGUUAAGGCCACAGACAAAGGAUUUCCCAAGUUGCAGGGAAACUGCAUAGUUCAUGUGGAAAUAGAAGAUAUGAAUGACAAUCAUCCUGAAAUUAUAUUCACUUCAGUAGCUAAUGGUAUUCCAGAAAAUGCACCAUCUGGGGUUAUUGUGGGAUUUAUUAAUGUAGGAGACAAAGAUUCUGGGAAAAAUGGAGAAAUAAAAUUGAACUUAUCACCAAAUGUGCCUUUUAAAAUAAGAUCCAACCAAAACCGUUAUGCAUUAGUCACAGAUGCAAAUUUGGAUCGAGAGGAAACCUCCCAAUACACUAUAGAACUGACAGCCUCUGAUUUAGGGUCUCCUCCGCUAUACAGUAAAAUAAGCAUCACCCUCAGUGUGACAGAUAUUAAUGAUAAUGCUCCAGUCUUCACACAAUCCACCUAUAAUGCUUUCAUUAAUGAGAACAGUGACUCUGGGACUCUUCUAUGUAUAGUAUAUGCUACUGACCUAGAUGAGGGGGUGAACUCUGAUCUGGUUUACUCCAUAGUGGAGAAUCAUAUUGAUGGUUCAUCUGUAUCCUCCUUUGUCUACAUUCAUUCUACUGAUGGGAAUAUAUAUGCUCAGCGUUCCUUUGACUAUGAGCAGAUUCAAGUUUUACAUAUUACUAUAAAGGUAGAAGACUCAGGAUCUCCACAGUUAUCUUCCACUGUUCCUGUCUUUAUCUUUAUUCUGGAUACAAAUGACAAUCCCCCAGCUCUGUUGUAUCCAGAGCACUCUGAAGAACUCAUUGUCCAAGAGAGGAUGCCAAAGUCUACAAGUGCUGGAUAUCUGGUGACAAAACUGUCUGCAGUGGAUCUGGACUCUGGUCACAAUGCCUGGUUGGUGUUUACUCUUAUUGACCCCAUUCAUUAUUCAUGGUUUCAAGUGUCUAAACACACAGGAGAGGUCAGAACUCUUAGAGGAUUACAGGAAACUGAGAAUAUGGAGCAACAACUUGUCAUUUCUAUCAGUGAUCAGGGGAAUCCUCCAUUAUCUACCACAGUGACUGUACUUGUCACUAUAGUAGAUGAGGUUAUAGUGGAAAAACCAAAAUCUGGGGACCUCCUGACAAAUUCCAAACCCCCAUCAGAUAUGACUCUGUAUUUAAUAAUUUCUCUAGUGGCCAUCAGCUUAGUCUCACUUGUUACGUUCAUGAUAUUAUUGGUGAGAUGUCUGAGGAAUGACACUGAUUACAGCAGUAGUUGCUGUUUUCGUGGUGGAUCUCAAUCCAAAGGCUACACAGAUCAGUAUCAACCAGCUCUUUACCUGAACACAGACGGGACCUUAAAAUACAUGGAGGUCAGGAUGGUUCCUCCAGGAUCUGAGGGGCAGAGUUACCAAACUCAUUUACCUCCAGCCCCUGAACAACAAGAAUUCAGUAUUGUGCAGCCUUUAAACUUCCCUCAGUUAAAGGAUAUAUAUCAAGAAGCCUCAUCUGAGGGGAGUUGCUCAAAUGAUCCCAGCAAUCAGGCACAACCUGGUGCAGAAUGGCGCUUCUCACAGGCUCAGAGACCCGGACCAAGCGGAGCACAACCCGCAGAGGAGGCUGGAGUGUGGCCAAACAACCAGUUUGAAACUGAGAGACUUCAGGCGAUGAUUCUGGCAUCUGCUAAUGAGGCUGCUGAGGGAACUUCUGGACUUGGAGGAGGAACAGGAACCAUGGGCCUCAGUGCUCGUUACGGACCUCAGUUCACCCUGCAGCAUGUUCCUGACUACCGACAAAACGUCUACAUACCAGGAAGUACUUUGACACCAACUAACGCUGGAGGAAAACGUGAUGGAAAAGGAGGAGGCAACAAGAAGAAAUCUGGCAAGAAGGAAAAGAAGUAAUAAUCUUUAUUAAAGAGUUUGCUUACAUCAACAGGGCAAAAUAAUUGGAGCAGUUCCUGAUUUGAAAAACAAAAAAAUGUUAGGGCAAAGUUAAAUUUCAUCUAUGGACACAUAAGAAAAUCAAUAGUUAGAAUGUGUCAUUAUUAGAGCUGGAUGCAGAACAUCCCCUCCACUGGUGGCUUUUUCUGCUUCCAGCUCUGAUGAUGAAAACAUUAUUCCUAACUUCGGAAACAAGUGCCCUGUCAAUAUCAGCUAAGAUUUUGUAUUAGUGCAAGAUAAUUUCAUGAUGAUAUGCACUCUUUUUACAAGCUUUUAAAUUUGAUUUGCUUCCACAUAGACACCUUGUGGAACUUCUUCCAUUGUAUAUAAUUCCAGUAAAGUGAUUAUUUUAAUUUAUGAAACAUUCAGGUAUUCAAGGGUGAUUCUUGGCUUUAUACCCAUUUCUAUUUUGUUUAACUAUUGGCAGAAAUCAAAGAGAUUUGUUUGGCAUCAAAAUGUGGGUAUCUGGAAAUAAGUGACCUGAAUUCAACAAAAUAUUAAUUGAGUCUAAAAACUGGAUAGUAAGAUUAUAAACACAGUAGAAGCAGCCAUUUUAUUGACUCUACACACUAUUCAUUGGAAUAUGGGCAGGGAUUUAAAAGGAGUAAGAAUGUACGAAAGCAUGGGGCAAAAACUACUGAUGUUAAUUAAUGGGUCAAAUUCUUAUGGAUAUUGUUUUGGUUCAUAAAAUGGCAGUGAGACGUAAACAAAUUGUGCAACUUUUUUUUCCUGAAGUAUGUAAAAAAUGCUAUAUAUAUGUAGUGAUCGUACAACAACUACUUAUAAAGAGUGUCAAUGGUCUUGUGCAGUACUUCUUUUAAUACUGUACUUAUUGAUGUUUUUGUUUAUUUUCUAUGAGAAGACUAUGUUGGAGAUUUUUGUUUCCCCCAGUUAUGGAUUUAGAAUAUUCACCUAAUUUAAUGUACAUGAAACACUAAUGGAAAGUUCCAUUUUGUUUUGCUCCUCCAGAGUGGCAAGAUGGACUCUUUACACUUGUGCACAAAGAAAUGCAUGUCUAAUUUUUGCAAAUUGUCUGCAACUCCACCAGACAUAGGGAAAUUGUUGCAUGUAACUAGCAUGGGGUAAUUCAUUCUUUAUAUAGAAUGGGAAAAGUAAACCUGUCUAGUGCAGGUCGAAAUGGCUAGGGUAGAUUCAGCAGGGGGAGGAGAUUAUGAUAAAUAUUUGCCAGGAAUAGUCAAAUUCUAACCCGUACAUAAAUUACAUUUUUCUUCAUUUUAUUCACAAUGAUAUACUGUAAAAUGAAUCAAGGCUGGAGUCAAUCAUGAUAAAAUGUUAGGCAUCAUUAAAGUAUCAUAUUAUCCAGAUAAAAUACAAGGUGAGAUAUGUUUAGAAACCAGUCAAGUUUGACAACAAUUUUAUUUCAGUUUGUACAGUUACAAAAAUAUGAAUUAUUGGAGGAGAAACCAUAUUUUUCCAAUAAAACUGUUAUGUAGUAUUUUCAUACGUUAGGAAUAGUAGAUAUUAGGCCAUUCUUUAUAACCACCCCCUUGGCCUAAAUGUAAUCCUGCCCAAAAUUUUAAUGUUGGAUCAAACCAGUCCAAAAUGUUCGACAGUCACAACCCCAUCAAAAAUGCACUAUUCAAGUGCAAUUCAGAAGUUGAAUGUAGAUUAGACUAUUUAUUAUGGCUUACAGUAUCAUUCUAUAUGGUGGCCCAUAUAUUUGAUAUGUACUUAGCACCAUCAGACAUCAUGGGCAAUCAGUUGUAGUUGCAAGUUUAGCAAGUCAUAAAGCACUCAUGAUGUUCUACUUUUUGGACCACUGAUGAUGAUGACAUUUCUCCUCUGAUUUAAUAAUACAUCAUUCAGAAGCAAUGAAGUUUUUUUUAGCCAGGAUCUUCAUCACUAAGUCUAUAUACGUCAACAGUUACCUAUGUAAAUCCAUAUAAAGCUAGAUUUUUUGGGAACAAAUAGAAUUACUCAUGACCCUCCCCCUGAUCGCUUGUAAUAGUAACCAUUCCCGCUGCUUGUAAUACUAUUAACUAAUGCAGUCACGUGAGUCUUUUAGCAGUAGAUACAUUUUUGCUAUUUUUUCUUUCUCUUGAAGAAACAGAAGGUUAUGUCAUUGUAGAGAUGCUAUUGUCUUGUAACAAUUAAGUGCUUAUCUCAUCCCAGUAGCUAACUUGUGGACAGCAGUAUUUUAAUAUUCUCCUAUCUUUCUGUGUGGUUUGUGAUAUCAAUGUACAUGAGUUGAAAUGCAUCUGUCCUUUUCAAUGUGUCUAAUACUGAAUAAUACUUACAUAUUAUAUAAAAAUAUAUAUGCUUCUUUCCCUCCCUGUAUCCAUAUAGACCCAUGUCACUGUAUCACAUGCAAGUUUUAUACUCUGUUUUUAUAUUGCUUUCUUUCUUUGGGAAAAAAAUAAAAAAAAUAAAAUGUUUUCUUCAAA